AUGGAUGGCCCCUCCCCAGUCAAGUCCGUCGGCCACCGCUACGAAGUCAAGCCCGCCGGCCGCUACGAAGUCGGGCACACCGGCCGUUCCCGAGUCAGGCCCGCCAGCUGCGCCGUUGUCAAGCCCGCCGGCCACUACGAAGUCAAGCCCGCCGGUUAUUGCAACGACAAGCCCGCCAGCUGCCCAGUGUGUCUAGAAUUGCUCAAGAAUGAUACUAUCUGCAGUAACCCUGAGCACCACAAAGGAGACGAGGAGGUUCAGGCUACAGCCUCCUACAUCCUGCUUCUGUUUAACGCCACCCUCAGCUUGGUCUCCAUCCCUCCCGCCAUUAUGCUGGGCUCCUGGUCUGACCGCGCUGGCCGUCGGUGGGUCAUGGCACUCCCGUCUGUGUUGUCCCUGUUGAGUGGGGGGUUGCUCUUGGCUGUAGACUUGUUGGAAAACAUCAGCGUUUACUGGACCCUGAUGGCUGCUGCCCUAACAGGCCUGACAGGUGGCCAUGUCACCAUUUUCCUCAGCUCAUUCAGCUACCUGGCCGACCUGACCAUGGGCUCCAGCUCCAGUCGCACUUUACGUAUGGCAUUGGCCGAGUCCAUGAUCUUCGUUGGAGGCUCAGUGGGCUUCUUAUUAGGUGGAUUCUUGGAGCAAGAAUUUGGACUCAAAUCAGCAUUCGGGGCCUACAUUGGCUGCCACGUCCUGGUGGUGCUUUAUAUUGUGCUUUGGCUGAGAGACCCUACGACGAGCAAAAAUACACGUAUAGCUCCCUAUGAAGAGGAUACAGCUGAGCAAGGUUCUCAUGCAGACAAGUCCCGGCUGUUUAUCCUAAAGUACGCCAAGCUGUCUUUCAAAGCAGUGUUCAAGAGGAGGUCAGGGCAGGAAAGACUGAAAUUGCACUUUCUCAUUCUCUGCACCUUCAUAAAUAACCUGGUGGCUGUUGGGGAUCAGUCCAUCUUGCUGUUGUAUUUGAUGUAUGAGCCUAGAGAGUUCACAACUGCCCUGUUUGGGGUAUUUAACUCUGUGAGGAUGCUCUUGUUGGGCUUUGGUCUGCUGGGUCUGUUUCCUGUGCUGAUGAGGUGUAUGAAGGAUAUGACAUUAGCAAAACUCAGCGCUUUGUUCAGAAUCGCCUCUUAUGUCCUACUCGCCCUCUCAAACAACACAUGGAUGGUCUUCCUCGUUGCUGUAGUCGGCGCUCCAUCUGGUAUCAGCCAAGCAGUGAUUCGUUCUUUGUCUUCUGCCAUCGUGGGACAUGAUGAACAAGGUGCCAUGUUCUCCUUCUCGGCCUCAGUAGAAGCGACCUGUAUCCUUAUUGCUGCUAUGAUCUUUAACGGGCUGUACCCCCUGACCCUGCCAACCUUCUCCGGGAUGCCCUUCAUCAUCAUGGCAGUCUUCACACUCAUCGUGCUCAUUCUCUUGCAGUGGAUUAGCGAGAUGCCCGCCACUCACCCUCGACUUGUGCUUUCAGACUGAAUCUCCUCCUUCUGGGUUAUUCUUCCAGCACAAAGUGGAUCCAUGACUGGAUAUUGCAUGCUUUUCUGUGGUGAUCCGAUCUUCUCUAAAAGUCUUCAUGAAAAAAAAAAAUCUAAAUUUUCGUGAGGAACACAUCAAUUACUGGCACAUA